AAGUGCUACUGAGGAAAACAAAAACAUAGCAACCGACAUCACCCGGUCUCGUUCCUCACAACCGGAAGUCAUCGACUUUUUUUGUUAUACGAGUCGUGUACAUAUAACAACAAAAAAAUAUAAUGAAUUGUUUUAAUUCAGCGUGAAACCUUUGUGUUUUUUUUAAACCAGGAAACAGAAUAUAUAAUGCCAUUUAUUUUCAUUUUAAAGACUGUACUAAAGGAAGGAAAAUAAUACUAAGCAGCAGGAAUACUAUAGAAUCUGACUUCUGAGUGUCGUUCACCCAGGCCGUCUCUUUACAACUGUAUAAUAUAUUCUAACAUUAUAUUAUAUUAUAUUAUAUUAUAUAUAUAUACACACAUUAUAUAUAUAUAUAUAUAUAUAAUGUCAUAUUCCUGAAUCUGCCAGUUGACUACGAGAAGCGUAUUCAUGUUUUUAAAUUAAAACUAACCAGCAACUAGAUGUGGGUUUACCGAAACCUAAAUCUGAUAAAUGAAUACGGGUUAAAUUGAACUUUUUGAAAUGGAUUUGACGUUUGAAUGUAAACGAAACCGGGUAGAGGUGAGGUAAAUAUUAACCAAUGGACAUCAAUUAUUUGCUGUGAGUGCGUUCUACAAUAGCAGAGCCGCACUUCCGUUGCUAUGUAGAUUUGAUGGUACCUUAGAAGACAAACAAAAUCUGACACGUUGAGGGGAAGACAACAGACUAUUUUUGUUGAAGAUUGCCUUGUUAUGUUGUAGCCCCGUUAUUAUUUUCACAGUAUUCAUUAAAUAAUGUCUGGGGAAGAUCGCAAGAAGCUCGAUAUGACUCCAGAAGAGAUGAAACGGUUUGGGGAGGCGAUGAAAAAGGAAGAAUUCAGAAAAUUACUCGCAGAGUAUGCCGAAGAAAUAUCAAAUCCCGAAAACCGCAAAAAGUAUGAAGAGGAGAUUACACAACUAGAAAAUGAAAGAGGUAUGGAUAUAAAAUUCAUUACUCCUGAACCAGGCCAUGUUAUAAAAUCACUUAUUAAUAACAAGAAAAAGGCUUUUAUAAAUAUCUGCAAAAAUGAAAACAUUGGGAAGCCAACAUUUACUAAAGAGAAUGGCCCUGACCGUUUUGGAAUCAACUGGGCAAUCCCCCAUUCUUUAGCUAGACCUCGCGAAGACUUCGAUCUCAAAGGUGAAAAAUGCUUUGUGUAUGAUGUCGUGUUUCACCCAGACACUUACCGAAUGGCACAGUCUAACUCUAAAUUUAAAAAGCUAGUACACGAUACAGCGAUAGAAGCAAUUGAGGAACAUUUUAGUGUCACACUGGAUAAAAAGAUAAGUACACCCAAAGUGAAAAACAAUUUCAAAGGAGUUAGAACUCCUACUGUGAUUCGAACCCGGCGAGAAAGUGGAUCGACCAAAACCGCAGACGACUCUGACAGCAUUUUGAACAGUAUGCCUUAUCCAUAUGACCCUAAUAAGACAACCAAAGAAUUAACUAAGGAAUGGGUGGAAAAAAAAGGUAAAACACGCUCGUCCAAGAGACUAGCUGAAGCUAAGAAGAAAGAUACGUCAGAGACAAAAUCCUCAAAAUCAGAAACUGAAUCCAAAGAAACAUUACAGGAGGACCAGACUGAAAGAACAACCGUCUCCACAGAAUCCUCAACCCUUCCAAGUUCCCCUGUCGUUCCCAAGUAUUGUAUUUUACAUCGUUCUGCACUAGAUAUCCAAGACUUUUCAAACGUCUCUGAUGCAAAGUCUAGUACCAGACCCAAAGAACUUGUUGUAUCUAUUGACUUGCCUCUAUUGAGAUCUGCAAAUACCAUUGAUUUAGAUAUUGUUGAUAAUCACAUUAUGUUGAAGUGUACAACCCCAGCAUCAUAUGAACUGGAUCUGAAGUUACCAUAUCCAGUUGACGAAGCUAAUGGCACUGCCAAAUUUGAUAAGUGUAAAAGUGUAUUAAAUGUGAUACUUCCUGUGAUUGCUGCUCAGCCGGAGAAUCUACCUUUUAGUUCAAUUCCCAGUUAUGCAACUUCAAGUGACAAUGAAGCUGAUGUAGAUCGAGGCAACUCAGUAGAUGAAGGUUCUGAACAAUGUGAUUCAGAGAUUUCUGUCCAAGAAAAUGAUGAUGCCAACGUACAGCCAAAUGAUGUUGCUAUGAUUCCUGAAACGGGUAUAGAUGAGGACAACUCAAAUUCUUUGUUUUUCUUGCCACUGUGCCAGCUUCCUAAUUUUCGCUAUUUCCAAGAUCAAGAAGCAGUCACCUUUGUCAUUGAUGUUGCUAAUGUCCUUUCAAAUAGUAUUGUCCAAAAACACCCAGAACCUCACCUCUAUGACAUAAUGUUCUCUUCUCAAGGCUCUGGCUGUUUUCCAUUGUAUUAUCGUCUCUAUAUUGAAUUCCACCAGGGCUGCUCAGUAUGUCCUACUAAUGAGACGGACGUGUCACCUAGCAAUCUAGUUGUGCUGUUACCAAAGGACAAACAACAUUGUAGCUUGUGGGAAGGUUUUUUUGCUUCUUGUGAUGGCAACACCUUUGAGUACCACAGUUUUGAAAGUAGCAGCCGAUUACAAUCAUCUCUCGAAGAACUUGAGUGCGGUGGAGACAACAGUGCCUGCAACAUGCCUCAGCUCCAGGAGAUGGAUUAUCAACUGAAUGUGUCCGAACUCAAUGAGAAACACAUCAAACUCGAUAUUCAGGUGGGUCGUACAGUUUCUGAGUCUGACACAACAGACACUGAGCCAUCGACAUAUCCGAGUAUAGAAGUUGUACAUCAUAAAAGGCUUCCACAUUUACAAGGAAUUCUGAAACAGCACUCGAAAACUAUGUCUGAAUCUAGUGACGAAAACGUUACAUUGUCUGCGUCCCCCGAUACUUCCUCGGUGGACAGUCCCUUUACGACUGUCAAGAAAUCGGUUUCAUUUAAUGAACGUAUCGAUCAAGCUAUGUUCAAAACUAAUUCCACAGUCUCCAGUAUGCGUAGUAUGUUGAAAAGUAAACGAAAACGAAACCGACAACGUGAAGAACGCAGAAAGAAUGGUCGGCGCCGACGACGACAAAGUAGUGCAGAGAGCAGUGAAGGAGAAGAGACUAAGAAGAAAGGUACAGGGGAACAUGGCAGUAAAUCUCAGUCCAAAACACAUGAAGGCAAAAAUAAUAAAAAGAAAUCUACUUCAUUUGCCCAAACCAAGCAGGAAGGUGGCGCCAGCAGUAGUACUGUGGAUGAAACAGAUGAAACGAGUAAUACCGAGGCCUCUGAUCAUGAUACCGACUCUGGUUAUGAUCAGAAUGGCCAACCUAUGCCUGACCCUUCACAAACUGAGCCUUCCUCUCAGUCUGAGAACAAUAACUACAACUUCCGCUCCCGUAAAAAUCCAGCCUCCAAAUCGAAACGAAACAGUUGCAAGAGAUCGAAAAACUGUGCCUCCUUAGAGGUUAUGGAAGCUAGCAGUAGCUGCAAUAACAGCAAACUUACGGAAGCAGAGAAAAGUCGUUUAGACAAUUUAAUGACAGCAGCUGUAAGUAAUACCCUUCUGCCAGAACUUGAUGACUCUGAAAUACCAGAAUCUCCUGAUGUUGACUCUAACGAAGUAGCCACAGCACAAGUUGACCAAACACUGACACAAAUGGCUGCUCUUUCUAUUACUGAUGACACCAAUUAUAACACUUCAGAGCACCACACUUCAAACGGACAAAGCUCAGGCACAGCCUUGUCUUCUUCCAGUUACACUGAAGAGACAGAAGUUGGUGUGACAGUGCCAGCAACAGUUAGAAGUGAGGGUGAGGGAGAUAAGUUCGAUUUUGAUCAGUCGAUAUCAAAAGGGAACUCUGACGGGGAGAAAUGUAAAGAUUUAAAAGUCAACGGUAAAGUUGUUGAAGUUGAUGAAAAUGUUGCAGAUAAAAAUUCUUCCAAAGAAAAUGGCCAUUGUAUAGACACUUCCAAUCUGAAGGACAAUUCCGACAGCAAGAACAAACAGAGUUGUACAGUUAAUUCUUCAGAUAUUUACAAAGUGGAUUCAAUGCUUAGUUGGGAAAGCACACCAAUGUCUAGUUUGCAGAAAAAUGAGCAUCAAACUUACUGUCCGUUUCAGUUCAGUAAUAACAUCUUGUUUGAACUGGACUGAGCUCCCAUUACAUCAACUCUGCUUCAUUUUCACAUUUUAUCUCUCAAUAGGGUCACUUCAUUGGGUCUUUUUCUACUAUUUCUUUUUUCCUUUGUUUUUUAUUUGUUUAUGGUUCAGUAUUAGAGAAGUACCACAUUUAGCCCUUUGAAAUAAUAAUAAUAAUAAUAAUGAUAAUCCGUCGUACUCUGUUGGAGACGAAAAUGUUGCCUUUAUCAUCUAUUUUCUUCUAAAUUGACAAAGAAUAUUUUAAUAUUCACAACAUUAUUCUGAUUCUUUGAAAAAUAUGUUGUUGUGAAUAGUUUUUACUGCAGUUUUUCUGGAUUUCUUCAAACAGCACACACUCACACACACACUCACACUGAUACAUACACCCCACCAACAUCCUACCGAUCAUAUAUUCAUUCUCAUUCAUUAAAUUGACCAUAUCACUGAAACCUGGCUUUAAAGGGCAUAUACAUACAUUAUAUAUAUAUAUAUAUAUAUAUAGACAUAUAUACUUAUAUAGAUAUAGAUAUAUAUAUAUAGACAUAUAUAUAUAUAUAUAUAUAUAUAUAUAUAUAUAUAUAUAUUUAGACAUGUAUUUAUUUAUGUGUGUAUAUAUAUAUACACGCACACACACACACAUGUAUGUUUGUAUGUAUGUUUGACAAAAAAAAAUAUCAUUUUUUUGUUUGACAUUUUCCUAUUAUUUCUUCUUUUCCAUUAUUCUGUGUGAGUAAAACCAUUGUUUUCUUUGGGCCGGCAAGGAGAUUAAAGAAAUUAUCAUUUCUUAAAAAAAAAAUACGUUUCAAGUGGAAAAAAAGUUUUUUUAAAAAUUUUAAAAAAAAGAUCUUUGAAAAUUCUAUAAAAUAAAAAGAAAAUUAUAAUUAUACUCUGUGAAA